CCCACCCCCCCAGGGAACUGAGCGUGUGAACAAGGUUGCUAAGUGGCUAAACAUAAAACCGCACCGGCUGACCUGCUGCUGUAUCUUUUAACAGAGGUUUUGAUCUGGGUGGGUGUGGGUGUGUAAUGCCUUUUAUAUGACCUGGAGCUGGAAAGAAACGCACACUCAGGCGAUGCAAAAAGGAUAGGGAAAGCGCCCCGCGCAGUUAUCCGAAAGGGUGGGAAAUAUAAUGGGCGCUUUCCCACGGUGAUGGAGGAGGAGGAAGAAGAGGAGGAAGGAGGAGUUGGCCUCGCCUUCUUCAACUCGGUCUCUCUAGGAUCCUGCGAUCUCUCUGGCCAGCUUUCAACCCCACCCACCUACCUCAGAGAGAGACAGGCAGAGAGAGAGGUCCCUUUCCUGCGGGGAGUGACCUGGAGGCGCCCGCGCGCUGGGCCUGCGAUGCGCGAGGGGCGCACAAGGUUGGGGAAUCUCGCCAGGUAAAGGACAGGGUGCACGGCCUGGAAUAAAAGUGGCGGACCAGAACGUCGCUUGUGCCAGUUCCAGGGGAGAAAAUGGAGGAAGGAAUAAGAGACCCUCGUCUCGGCCAGGCCGGGAGGUUUCUGUCUGGCGUCGGCACACAGCUGGUUAAAGGGGAGCUAGAUGAAGACUUGGUCCAGCAUUGGGAGUGGCAGAAAUCCCAGGAGGGAACUGGCUCAGAGAGAGGCAAAUCCCAGGUGCCUGGAUUUGUAGGCCGGGACGACGUGGCGUUAUCUUCAGCAUCGCUGAAGGCCGUCGCCGACGGCAACCGUGGGCCGAGAGGAAAGCUGGAGUCUCAGACCUUGCUGGGUCUCGUUGGGAAAGUCCCCAGAAGUCAGAGUUCUCCACUGAGCGUGGAAGGAGGGGUUCUGGAAAAGGAGAGGCAACGCCAGCGAUUCAGGCAAUUCUGCUACCGGGAGGACGAGGGACCCAGGGAGGUUUUGCGGAAGCUCCAGGAUCUGUGCCGCCGGUGGCUGAAGCCUGAUUCUCGUACGAAGGAGCAGAUCCUGGAGCUGGUGAUUCUGGAGCAGUUCCUGGACAUCCUGCCCUUGGAAAUGCAGGGCUGGGUUAGGGGCGAUGGCCCUGAGACCUGCGCCAAGGCGGUGGCCCUGGCAGAAGAUUUCUUGCUUUGGAAGGAGGAGGUCGAGAUGCAGGAGCGUCGGAUUUCAGAGCCAUUUAAGAAGGCAACCGGUCCCCCCAAAGCCAAACUCGCCUCUUUGGAGAUUACGAAGGCACGGCCCUACAUGGAAGAGAAGCCAGUGGGUGAUGGAGGCCCCCACCUGCCACUAGGGGACAGGCAAGUGGCCAAAAAUGAGGAGAAGCCUCUAGAACCAGGAGCAUUGACGCAGGCGGAACUUUCUGGUGGCUCAUUGGACAAAGCCAAAUGGGAUUUCCCCCCAUUUCCUCAAGUGGAAAAUGUGCCGAAAAGUCAGCAAAGGGCAGACAGGAAGGAGGGAAGCUACCCAGGGCGGAGAGGAGGAGGAGGAGGAGGAGAAAAACAGAUUUGGGAGAGAGAUGGUAACAAACUCCUAAAUCGUAACACCUUCCAGGAGAGAGAGCACAAGGACAAGAAUACGAAGAUGAGCCCUGGCUGUGGAAAAAGCUUCAGCCAAACCCUUGAUUUCCAGAACACACAAACUGAGAAAAAGCUACGACAGUGUACAGAUGGUGCAAAAAGCUGGACAUCAACCCCUCAGCAGGAGAACAUCCAAGCAGAAGAAGAGUUGUAUAUGGAUUGUGGAACCAGCUUGGGUGGGAAAGCACAUCUUAGUGAUCAUCAGAUAAUCCCUGCAGGAGAGAAACCCUAUAAGUGCUCUGAAUGCGGACACAACUUCAACCAGGACUCUGAUCUUACUGGAAACGGUCUUCAUAUAUGUUCCAGUUGUGGGGAAAGCUUUAUUUCCAGCUCAGCCCCCAGUAAACAAGAGGGAGCUCAGACCGGAGAGAAACCGUCUAAAUUCUCAGAAAGUGAAAAAGAAUUCUCACAGCCCGCCGAUCCUCAACAGGAGGAGAAGCCGUAUGCGUGUACAGACUGCGGGAAAAACUUCAGCUUUAGGUCAAGCCUUGUUCGUCACCAGAGGCUUCACACUGGAGAGAAACCAUAUAAGUGUUUAGACUGUGGGAAGAAUUUCAGCCAGAGCUCGAACCUUCUUAAUCAUCAGAGAAUCCACACGGGAGAGAAGCCGUACAGCUGCACAGACUGCGGGAAAUCGUUCAGCAACAGCUCGAGCCUGACGUCGCACGAGAGAACGCACAGAGGAGAUAAACCUUACAAGUGCUCCAGCUGCGGGAAGAACUUCAGUUGCCACUCGGUUCUUAGGAUCCACGAAAGAAUUCACACGGGCGAAAAGCCGUACGAGUGCCCGGAGUGCGGGAAAAGCUUCAGCCGCAGAGAAUUCCUCAUCGGCCACCAGAGGACUCACACGGGCGAGAAGCCGUACGAGUGUUUGGAAUGCGGGAAGAGCUUCAGCCAGAGAUCGAACCUUAUUAAUCAUCAGAGAAGCCACACGGGAGAGAAGCCGUUUGAGUGCACAGACUGUGGGAAAAGGUUUAGUCAUAAAGCAUCCCUCCUUAAACACGAGAGGAACCAUCUACAUGGCCUGACACUGGAAAGGGGUUCAUCCAGAGUCGAAGCCACCUUGCACAUGGCAGAAAGCACAUAAAGGAUGGAGUUAUGUACUUGGUGAGGCAGAAAUUAAUGCAGGAGAGAUUGUGAGAACUUAUUACUUCAGUUUUUAGGGCAGGUCCAACCUGAGAGAACCUUGGUAACUAUUUGGACUAGGAGAGAGCAUCACUGGUGGGCCACAGAACUUCCCCUCACACUUUCUUUUUUCUGUUGCCGUUCACAUCUUCACAACUUAAGGCCCAGCCUUCCCAGUUCCACAUCUACCCUUCCUCAUCUCUUCAACAUAUUAUAUCAUGGGUAGGCAAACUAAGGCCCGGGGGACGGAUCCGGCCCAAUCGCCUUCUAAAUCCGGCCCACGGAUGGUCUGGGAAUCAGCGUG